CUUGUCGUCACACACCCGGAACUUAUGUUCAUUGAUUCUACCGGUUCCUUCAAGUUGCACCGCUUCCCAUGAUAGCGCUUUCUUCGGGACGCACAAGAGAUGUUUCUGCUGGUGUUGGGUGCCCUCCUCCUGCUCUUCUGCAGCCUAGAUGUUUGGUACUUUCUGCGAGGGGCCCAGGUUUUCAUCCAGGCAUGGUUCCAGCCCAGAGUACGGGACAUUUUAGCCGAGCAAAGUAUCGACGGCAUGGUCCUUCCACACGAUUUGGACUACUUGGGCCACAUGAACAACUCUCGGUAUCUGAGGGAGUGUGACUUUGCACGCUUCCACCAUUACAUGAGAAACGGGCUGUUCAUGGCCUCACGCAAACUGGGGGCAAAAUUGGUGGUAGGGGCCUCCACCAUCCGGUACCGCCGCUCCUUGGCCUUCCGUGAGGCUUUUGAGAUUCGGACCAAAGUUUUGGGCUGGGAUGAGAAAGCCUUUUACUUGGAGCAGCGUUUUGUGUCCAAGAAAGAUAGCUUUGUCUCUGCGAUCAUGCUCUGUAGGCAAAACGUAGUGCACUGCAGCCCCGAGACAAUCAUCGAAUAUAUCUGCAAAAAGAAGAUCGAGCGCCCAGAGUUUCCCGAGGACCUCAAACACUGGAUGAACUUCAUUGCGGCCAGCAGCCAAGCCCUGAGAGCAGAGAGCGGCCUGGAGGAGAAGAACAAGUGAAGCCACACCAUGACACUGUGCAUCAUGAGUGUAGACACAUAUCAUACAGCAUUGCACGCACAUAUACAUGCACACAAACAUGUAAAACAUUGUAGAGCAUUUUAGUUGACUUCCAGGAGUAUCUCCGUUUUGGAUUAAUCCUACCUGCUGUGUAAUUUUUGUAAGGUGUGAAAUUCUUUGAACUGAAGGGAGGUGAAUAUGAAAACUUGAACUGUAAGGUUUCAAAAGUACUGUAUGUAAAGGGAUCAUAAUGGAGUUUGUAGCUUUACCCUUGCAGCUUAUUCAGUAGUUGACUGUGAGUAGACUGGCUUUAGACAUCUUCAUUCUCAUUCAGAAAAAUCCUCUAACCUCAGAUAAGCAUGUAGAGCAAAAUUUAAUCUUCCACUGACAUUGAUGCAUGUUUUGAAUCAUACAGAAUAUUUUUGUGCCUGUUUCUAGUAGAUUAGAAAGACUUAUAACUUUUCACACACAUAAAAAAAAAA